UCCGCCGCCGGCUGGGUGCCGCUCGCGGGCUGCGCUGCAGGUGGCGGCGGGAGAAGCAGGAAGCGGGCCGGGCCGGGGAGCAGGAUGGCGGCCGGGGACUCGGAGAACAUCCGCUACUGUGCGCGCUUCUCCUACCUCUGCCUCAAGUUCACCCUCAUCACCUACUCCACGCUCUUCUGGUUGAUAGGAGCUCUUGUUCUUGCUGUUGGAAUUUAUGCAGAAAUUGAAAGACAGAAGUAUAAAACCCUUGAAAGUGCCUUUCUAGCCCCAGCAAUUAUUUUAAUACUCUUGGGCAUUGUAAUGUUUCUUGUAUCGUUUGUGGGUGUACUGGCUUCUUUAAGAGACAAUAUAUACCUUCUUCAAGCAUUUAUGUACAUCCUUGGUAUUUGUCUCCUCAUUGAACUGAUCGGUGGAGUUGUGGCACUGAUCUUCAGAAAUAAGACAAUUGACUUUUUAAAUGAUAAUAUCCGAAGAGGAAUUAAGAAUUAUUAUGAUGAUCUGGACUUCAAAAACAUAAUGGAUUUUGUUCAAAAGCAGUUUAAGUGUUGUGGUGGGGAAGAUUUUAAAGACUGGUCACAGAAUAUGUACCAUGAGUGUUCUGCACCAGGGCCAUUAGCCUGUGGAGUGCCCUAUACUUGUUGUAUUACAAAUAAGACAGACAUUAUGAACACUAUGUGUGGAUAUAAAACGAUUGACAGAGAGCACUUGAGUGUUCAAGACAUUAUAUAUGUCCGAGGAUGCACAAAUGCAGUACUCCUUUGGUUCUUAGACAAUUACAGCAUCAUGGCUGGCGCCAUGCUUGGCAUAUUGUUACCUCAGUUCCUUGGAGUGUUGUUAUCUUUACUUUACAUAACUCGCGUAGAGGAUAUCAUUGCUGAAUACAAAGGUAAUGAGAAGCCUUUACACGAAAUACAGCCGAAAUCAGAAACUGAAUCUGCAAGCACAGGUUGCUGUAUGUGUUAUCCUGAGUAAUGUAGCUGCCAUGCAAGACGUCAAGUGCUGUUUAAAAAAAACAAAUCUUGUGUUGUGGUUUGUAUAUAUUUCUGCAGAUCUUAAAGAUCUUGAGCCUAAUUUGUAAACCUUUUUGAUUUUUUAAAAAAAAAAAAGUGUACUUCAAAUCAGAAACUUAACUCUCUCCACCAUGCGUUCUUAACUGCUUUUCCUGUGUAUUUCAGCUUGAGUAUGCUUUGAAUUUUUAAAGGAUCUCUCAGGCUGUGCAUUCUGAGGAAUUUCAUACCCCGGAGAGUGCUAAAUCUCAUGAGAAUUAAAACGUGGGUCAGGUAAUCCAGUGUAUUUUAAAGGAAUGUGGGUUCUCCAAAGGCAGAAGCAUUGCCACCAUAUUAUAGCUUAAUUCAAACAUUUAUUUUGGUGCUUUCCCCAACUCUGCUGCCCCAGGUGGCUGUUCGCCUCUAACACAGGCCCUGUAUCUCCCAUCCUGUCCUCAUUUAUACCUCUAAGGCAGCAAAUGGCCUCCAAGGCUGACACAGGCCAGCUGUGGAUUCAUAGAUUCUAGGACUGGAAGGGACCUCGAGAGGUCAUCGAGUCCAGUCCCCUGCCCUCAUGGCAGGACCAAAUACUGCCUAGACCAUCCCUGAUAGACAUUUAUCUAACCUACUCUUAAAUAUCUCCAGAGAUGGAGAUUCCAUAACCUCCCUAAGCAAUUUAUUCCAGUGUUUAACCACCCUGACAGUUAGGAAGUUUUACCUAAUGUCCAACCUAAACCUCCCUUGCUGCAGUUUAAGCCCAUUGCUUCUUUUUCUAUCCUUAGAGGCUAAGGUGAACAAGUUUUCUCCCUCCUCCUGAUGACACCCUUUUAGGUACCUGAAAACUGCUAUCAUGUCCCCUCUCAGUCUUCUCUUUUCCAAACUAAACAAACCCAAUUUUGUUUUAUGGAUGGUUAAUUGCAGUGUAUAUCUACCCUCAAAGCACAAACCCAGGGGCCUACCCUGCUUGACAGUGGUUGACUGAACAUUUUCUAAUGAUUACUGAAAGAUCUGUGGUGAGGAAUACUUUAUGUUGGGAAAACUCAGAGCUAAAUUUUUUUGAAAGAGCUUUUAUAUUCUAGUUUGACAUAUUUAAAUGUUUGUAUUUUCAUAUUGAUUCCUAAUCAGAAAGGAAACUUUUGUGUCUUUGUAUAUUGAGCUAAAUUGUAAUAUCAAAUACAUAUUUAAUAACUUUUUCAUGCUGGUCCUGACUAGGGCUGCCAGUUUUGGCUGGACAUAGUCCUGGAGGUUUCAUCACAUGACAUAAUCUUUAAUUAAAGAUUAAUCUUUAAUUCCUGGGAAUGCCAGGACAAUCCUGGAGUGUUGGCAACCCUAGUGCCUGAUUUAAUGACAUCAUAUAACUGCAUGUAAUGCAGCACACUUUCAUAGAUGAAUCUUUUGUGCCUUUUAAUAAUGUCGGUAUACACUAAUGUUUGAAUCAGUCAGGUAAUGCUUUGACAAACUUUUUAACGCAGUUUAUUACUAUACAGAUUUUGUAUGAGAGUUAUUGGAUGUUUGGCUAAUUUAAAUCUUGUAAAUAUUGUAUUUUCCCCUCCAAGUAAAUUAACUAGAUUGCCUGUUGAUUUUUGGAGUUGUUCUGAUAUGUGCAGAUAUUUCAAACUGGAUUGUUCUCAUAAACAAUAAAUUUUAUGAUUUGUUUUAAAAAACA